AUGGCACUUUCUUCCAAACUCCAACUCCCAAACCCGCCACUACACACUUUCACAACUUCCUCUUCCGCUUCACUUUCAAACUCAACAACCUUCCGUUCCAAACUAACCCUAACUCGCCUCUCUUCCUCUUUCCUCAACCCCUCCACAAUCCUCCACCUCACUCCCUCCCAACGCACCAACCGUCCUUCCUCCCCCUUCACCGUCCGCGCCGCACGCGGCAAAUUCGAGCGCAAGAAACCGCAUCUCAACAUCGGCACAAUUGGCCACGUCGACCAUGGCAAAACCACUCUCACUGCUGCUCUCACCAUGGCCCUCGCUUCCCUCGGUAACAGCGCCCCUAAAAAGUACGACGAAAUCGACGCUGCUCCCGAAGAGCGCGCUCGUGGAAUUACAAUUAACACUGCUACUGUUGAGUACGAGACUGAAACUCGUCACUACGCUCAUGUUGAUUGUCCAGGUCACGCUGAUUACGUUAAGAAUAUGAUUACCGGAGCCGCGCAAAUGGACGGCGCUAUCCUCGUUGUCUCCGGUGCCGAUGGUCCCAUGCCUCAAACUAAAGAGCACAUCCUUCUCGCCAAACAGGUUGGUGUUCCGAGCGUGGUUGUGUUUUUGAACAAGCAGGACCAAGUGGACGAUGAGGAGCUUCUUGAACUAGUGGAGCUUGAAGUUCGGGAGCUUCUCACAUCUUAUGAGUUUCCUGGAGAUGACAUUCCGAUUAUCUCUGGUUCAGCGCUAUUGGCAUUGGAAGCGUUAAUGGCAAACCCUGCCCUGAAACGUGGGGAUAACCAGUGGGUGGAUAAGAUUUACCAGCUUAUGGAUGAAGUUGAUAAGUAUAUUCCGAUUCCUCAACGUCAGGUGGAACUCCCCUUUUUGCUUGCCAUUGAGGAUGUGUUUUCAAUCACCGGUCGUGGAACAGUUGCCACUGGGAGAAUUGAAAGAGGGACUGUUAAAGUUGGGGAUGUUGUUGACCUUGUUGGUUUGAGGGAAACAAGGAACACUACAGUGACUGGUGUAGAAAUGUUCCAGAAGAUUUUGGAUGAUGCUAUGGCUGGUGACAAUGUGGGGUUGUUGUUGAGAGGAAUUCAAAAGAUCGAUAUUCAAAGAGGGAUGGUUUUGGCUAAGCCGGGAACCAUUACUCCUCACUCCAAGUUUAGUGCUAUUGUGUAUGUUUUAAAGAAGGAAGAAGGUGGAAGACACUCGCCGUUCUUUGCCGGUUAUAGGCCUCAAUUUUACAUGAGGACUACAGAUGUUACUGGAAAAGUUACAUCUAUUAUGAAUGACAAGGAUGAGGAGUCGAAGAUGGUGAUGCCCGGUGAUCGUGUGAAGAUUGUGGUGGAACUCAUUGUUGCUGUGGCUAUUGAACAAGGAAUGAGGUUUGCUAUUAGAGAAGGAGGGAAGACUGUUGGAGCUGGUGUUAUCGGAGCUAUCAUUGAGUAA